GCUUCCCCGCCUUGAUUGACAGCUCGCCCUCCCUCCUUGGAGCUGGAGAGAGAGAGAGAGAGAGAGAGACCCAGCAGAAAGAAGAAUCGCAGGUGGUGCAUUUUUUUGACCUCGAAAAGGGUAGAUCCUGAAUCGUCGCCAGCCUUGUCUUUGUGUGUUUUGGGCAACUCCAUGCCUGUGCUUCGACAUGGAGAAGUACGAAAAGAUCAGCAAGAUCGGGGAGGGCUCCUACGGGGUGGUCUUCAAGUGCCGGAACAGGGACACCGGGCAGGUCGUGGCCAUCAAGAAGUUCCUGGAGUCGGAAGACGACCCCGUCAUUAAGAAGAUCGCCCUCCGAGAGAUACGCAUGCUCAAGCAACUGAAGCAUCCCAACCUGGUCAACCUCUUGGAGGUCUUCCGUCGGAAGAGGAAGCUGCACCUGGUCUUUGAAUAUUGCGACCACACUGUGCUGCACGAGCUGGACAAGAACCCACGGGGGGUCCCAGAGCAUUUGGUGAAGAGCAUAACGUGGCAGACUCUCCAGGCGGUCAACUUUUGCCAUAAACACAAUUGCAUACACAGAGAUGUGAAGCCGGAAAACAUCCUCAUCACAAAGCAUUUCGUCAUUAAACUCUGUGACUUUGGAUUCGCUCGCAUCUUAACUGGACCCAGCGAUUACUACACGGAUUAUGUGGCAACUCGUUGGUACCGUUCUCCCGAACUGCUUGUGGGGGACACCCAGUACGGGCCUCCCGUGGACGUCUGGGCCAUUGGCUGCGUCUUCGCUGAGCUGCUGUCCGGCAUCCCGUUGUGGCCGGGGAAAUCCGACGUGGACCAGCUCUACCUGAUCCGGAGGACUUUGGGGGACCUCAUUCCCAGGCACCAGCAGGUCUUCAGCACCAACCAGUUCUUCAGUGGGGUCAGAAUCCCGGAUCCAGAGAGCAUGGAGCCUCUGGAAAUGAAAUUCCCAUCCAUUUCUUAUUCCGCCCUCGGACUCAUGAAGGGCUGCCUUCACAUGGAUCCGGCUGAGCGGCUGACCUGUGAGCAGCUCCUGCAACAUUCCUAUUUUGAUGGCAUCCGUGACGUGGAGCUGGGGAGGGAGCGGUCCAUGACACGGAAGCCCAGCCGGCCGACCCGGAAGCACAUCCCUGGGUUGCAGUACCUUCCCCAGUUAACCAGCAGCAACAUCUUGCCUGCUUUGGACAACAAGAAGUACUACUGCGGGAUGAGAAAACUGAACUACCGUUUCCCUAACAUCUAACAUGGAUUGAUCAUGAACAGAUAUGGUGCCCCGAAAGGGAGAAGAGAAGUGGGAAAUGCAAACGUAUUGGCAGACACCGACGCGAGCCACCAAGUCCUUACUUCCUCUGAACGGGGCAAACCUAGAAAGAGAAGUGACCAGAGGUUUGGAAAAAACUUGUGGCUCAACUGAAAAUGCAUCUGUUUGGACUUAGAAGUUUGUUUUUGUGCAGCUAGAACUGGAAUUGUAUCCUUGUUGUUCAGGAUUGUCAUUUGCUUGGAACAUGUACCAUGUGCGGAAGGAGUUAGAGCAGCCACUGAAGCGGAAGGUGAUUCAAAGAUGCCAAAUACCUAUCAUUCACAAAAAACCCUUUGUGUCAAAACGAGAGAGGGAAAGUUGGUUUAUAUCUUCAAUAGUAUCGUAACGGCCGAUCCUGCGUACACACCCAUUCAGAUAGUUUUGUGCACUGAGGCUUGAAAGCCAGGAUGUUACCCAUUCAAACCUUGCCUUGGCUACAAAUCACUUCUCUUAGAUACAGCAGUGCCGCCUCUUUUUACAUUUCAAUCCGUGUCUUUUCUUGUUUUGCCCAAACAAGUCACAGCGUUAUUUUAGAUGGGGUCUGGCUAAAGCAGAACAGUUCCUCCUUAGACACUAUCCUCCUAUCGAUGUAGCCUAGAAUCGCAUGGGCCUUUUAAGCUGUUGAAUCACACUGUUGACUCAUGUUCAGCUUGUUGCCGCCAAAGAUUCCUAGAUGCUUUUCCCAUGGGAUCUUGUCAAGAGAGAAAAAGGUUUGCCCAAUUAUUACCAGAUCUUGCUUUAGAUUCUGAACUAUAAACCGGUAAUAACAGAAUGUUUUUUUCCUCAUCAAAUAGAAGAAUCGUAAUUUAACACAUUAGAAUAAUAGAAUAAUAGAGUUGGAAGAGACCACAUGGGCCAUCUAGUUCCAGCCCCUUGCCAUGCAGGAAAAGCACAUUUCCAGGAAGCCUUUGUGUACAUAUUAUCUAUCUAUUUAUCUAUCUAAUCUUUAACCAAGUCCUAUUUUAUUAAGUGGGACAUGUUGGAAAUGAACAUGCCAUCAACUAUAGAUUUCAUCAGAACUGGAUGUGGCCUUAAAUUUACUUUGAAGACCAUGUUAAAGAGGUGUCUCUCUGUGUUGUUGUGUUUGCAGAAUCAAAACAGUUGGUUUAUACUCAUUUCAUUGUAAUUUCUGGCAUGGAUUCUACCUUGGUACCUCUCUCCUGCGUAGGGAACUGUACACUACUUUUGAGUUAUUUGUAUCUCAAUCUUAUUUCUAUCUUAACAUUAGCUAUUCUUCAGAAACAAAUGCUAUGUCUUAGUAACCGGUUAAAAAACCCAUUAUGCUGAGAGUGGCCUAAUGCUGCUUUCCAAAACAUCCCUUGUCCAACAUGACACGCUCCUGAUACGUUGUACUACAAAGCCCAUCAUCAGGCCAUCAUGGCCUUUGGCGUGGUUCAUAGAAGUGUAAGUAGUAGAUAACAUUAUUCAGUUUUGACUGCACUGUGAGCAACAGACACAACCUGCAAACUACUGAAUGCAGGGCUCGAUGACCAAUGGACUAAUGCUUGAUGUAACCUCAUCUUGGGCGUUGUUCCGGGUGUAAUUAAAAAUCUAUUCUUGUAGAAUUAAAA